AUGAAGAUCGAAAUCGACUCCUUCUCCGGUUCUAAGAUUUACCCAGGUAGAGGUACCUUGUUUGUCAGAGGUGACUCCAAGGUCUUCAGAUUCCAAUCCUCCAAGUCCGCUUCUUUGUUCCACCAAAGAAAGAACCCAAGAAGAGUUUCUUGGACCGUCUUGUACAGAAGACACCACAAGAAGGGUAUCUCUGAGGAGACCUCCAAGAAGAGAACCAGAAGAACCGUCAAGCACCAAAGACCAAUUGUUGGUGCUUCUUUGGAGUUCAUCAAGGAGAAGAGAAACCAAAAGCCAGCUGAGAGAAAGGCCACCAGAGAGCAAAGAUUGGCUUUGGCCAAGGAAGCUGCCAAGGCCAAGAAGGCUGAGAGAAAGGCUGAAAAGGCCAAGCUUGCUGCUGCUGGCGCCACCGCCAAGGUCUCCAAGCUCGGUCAAAAGGGUGCUUUCCAAAAGGUCCACGCCACCUCUCGUUAA